UUGGGGAUCAGCCUCGGGAGGCAGACAAAACCAGUACUCUGCCAAUGUUCACUCAACGUUGUCCCGCGUCAACUUAACCUUGUUCCAAGUUAUUUUUCUACCCAACCUGUGGUAAUGAGACUUUUUAUACCCAAUCCGUGGUAAUCAGACAUUUAUCGUGAAUACGCAUUUGUGAAUAUUGUUUUAAAAAUGAACGUCACUCGACUGGAGUGAAGACAAGUACAAUUUAUCGUGCAUUGGUGUUUCAUGUGUGUAUGUGUGGUUGUGAAGCGAUGCUUGAAUUGCAUUGGGUAUUUACUCCUGCCCCUCUAUCUGUCUCUUUUUGCAGCGUGAUUUAAAACGUGCUUAGGUGACUGCGCAGUCGUCAUAUCAAGAAAUUCCAUGCAGCAGCGCUAGACAAAAAAAAAAUGAAGAUAUCUAGGAAAGAAUUUUGAGGAAAAAAAAAUGGAACGUGGAUUAGAUUAAUAAUCUCCAGCAGUUUAAAAACUGUUGUUAACCAUUUCCUUCCUUUUUUGUUAACUGUGAAAUGGCUGUUGCGACAAAACAAAUAGAAAUGUCUCAGCAACAGCAAAACGUUCAAGAACAGCAUGUUCAGCCAAAUCAGGAGCAGCAGCAGAGUCAGAAUCAACAAGUGAGUCAGGGCCAGAUUCAGCAGCAGCAGAUACAAGUACAAUCGUCCCAACAGAGCCAGCAACAGCAGCCAAAUCAAAACAAUCCACAGCACAAUGUUCAGCAGGUACAGGUGCAGAAUCAAGUAGCAGCGAGUAUGCCGCAGCAGUUACAGGGUGCUGUGGCGGUAUCGAUGCAGCAUCAACAGCAGCAAGGUGUUGGUAGUGUUUCAAUGGCAUUAGCUGGACAACAGGGUGCAACAACAAUCACCACGAUGGCUGCACAUCCUCAAGCUGUCCAAGUUAUUCAACAGCCAAUGCAGAGUCAGGCUUAUCAUCUUCAACAGCUGUAUAAUACUCAGGGUACACCUCUCCUAAUGCCUGGAAAUCUUGCUCUACAUCCUGCUGGUAUCAAUCCCUCGUCGAUCCAAGUGAUAGCUGCUGGCAAACCUUUUCAAUCAGCUGGACAAUUGACACCACAUAUGCUCACCACUGCCUCUAAUCCCGGACAGACAGGAGGACAUGGUGGUCCUGGCGGUAAAGUUCAGGGAUUUCCAGCUGGAUAUCUGCCCGUGCCUACAUCUGCUAAUCCUGGUGGAGGACAGACUCUUGUAUUUGGACAGCUUGGAGUACUUGGCUCUCCACAGCCACCUCAAGGGUUACAGCAACAGCAGCAACAGCAACCGAAUAACAACAAACCUGAUCAAGUACAAAAAUAUACUACUUGUGCUACUGGUGCACCCUCUGGACAACGUGGGGGACAGAUGCAGUUUGCACCGUGGCAGUUCACUCCACAAGUGGCUUGGACGGGAAUUCAGCCACCUGGGACUACUUUGUUAGCUGCUCCUAAUCAGAUUUUCAUCAGGAGUCCUACUCAGCCCGAUAUGUAUAUUCAGAGUCCACAACCUAUUCAAACGCAUAAUGCUCUGGCAACUCAGCAACAAAUCCAAGGUGUUCAACAAAUCGCUGCAGCUGGCACAAAACCCAGGGUAAUGGAUAUUCAGCAACAAUCCCAGCAGAGUGGCAAGCAAAGUGGUACCAGUCAGCGUCCCUUGAGUAUUCUACCGUCUUCCCUCCAAGGAGUUCAGGGUGCCAACAUCAGACCAGCGAGUUCAGUAUCAACGCAAACAGUUCAUGGAGUACAAUCAACGGUACAGACACAGAGUGGCAAGGGAAGUGGAAGUGGUGGUAAAGGCCGUGGUAAGCCGGUGGUUCGCACAAGUCCCGGUACAAAUUCAUCCCAAAUAGCAACAAAAGCUGACGCUGCAAAUCAAACGAAAUCAAUUGUGCAUCAUGCUACAAUGAUGUUGCAACAGCAGACCAAUGCAACCGGCAAUAAUGGAAAUAACAAAGUAUUAAUAACAACGAAUCAACCAGUGGUAACUUCUGCGCAACCACCUGGCUCACCUAUGACCACCUCUGACAAGCAAAACUUUGGACAACAAAACAAAACAGUAAUGCAAUCACAACAGCAGCAUCAGGCACAACAGCAGCAGGGACAACAAAUGCAACCCCAGUAUCAGCAGAUGUUUAUGCAACAGAUGCAACACAUUCAGCAUCAGCAAUUACAGUACCAGCAGGCACAAUCCCAGAAUUCACAGCAACAAAUACAGCCCAAACCAAUUAUGGGAAUGGCACUUCCACCUCAACAAUCUGGAGUCGUCCUUGGAACAGAGAGACCCAUAAUGCCAGUGGUAUCGAUGGGAGGUGUUGGUGUUGGUGUUGCAACAACAUUGCAAAUGAAUCAAGUCCAACAGUCUCAGAUGCAGGGAGUCCAGCAAUUACCUAUUCCUACCCUGAAUCCCACGAUAAUUGGAAAUCAAGUGGUGAGUGGCGGCUCCCAGAUUCAGACACUACCGAUGAUACAGCAAUCAAAUGAGCCACAACCGCAGCAACAAGAGAAUGCAAACAUAACACCCAUGGUCAUUUCUGCAUCGCCAGACAGAAGUCAGCCAAACGAUUGUCCACAGAUUGUACAACAGUGUAGUGUUAGCAAUACGACGACAGAAGAGGAUAAAUCAGUACAGAAGAAGGAAGCUACUGUCAAUAAAGAAAGAUCAGGCACCCCAGCACAAACACAGGAACCUGAAGGAGACAAAGUUGCAGCAAAGGAGGAAAUACAAUUAUCUGGGAAGAAUGAUGAAAAAGCCAACAAUCCUCUUGCAAACCUCGCGAAUACAGUAAAUUCAAUAACAAAUGGAGUCACAGAUGAGAUACCGGCUCCGUCGGCGACGACGCCAGUUUCAAUUAACAGUAAACAGGCACCACCUAAGGCUCUCGUGAAGCCUCAGGUCCUAACGCAUGUUAUUGAGGGCUUCGUCAUCCAAGAAGCGGAUGAGCCAUUCUCAGAGAAGCGGUUGAAUGGUACGCAGGGAACAUCAGUAUUGAAUUCAAAACAAUCUAGUGACAAAGAUUCCCACAAUGAACCGCCAAGUAAGAAAAGAAAGAAACACGCGGGAAAUUUCUCCAACGAUGUAGAUUCGAAUGGCACCAGUGGAAAAUGCGAAACUUGUGGAAUAAUCCUUGACGAACAUAACAUCAAGUUUAAGAAAGAUAAACGAUUUUGUUCGUCAGUUUGCGCUAAGAAUAAAAAGAAAGAAGCAAGAGAACGAGAGCCUGAUAAACAGUGGACGAAUAUGGAAGUCGACAAGAAGACUGAUGAUGGAUUGAAAAAGGCGGAGGACAGCUCUCCAGCUGCUUCCACUCCCACGAGCGAAGAUAUUCCAAGGAUCAAUCCAGUCAAGUGGACGGUCAACGAAGUUUGUGAUUUUAUCAGAAAUCUUCCAGGAUGUGCAGACUACGCCGAAGACUUUGCAAUUCAAGAAAUCGAUGGUCAAGCUCUUAUGCUACUAAAAGAGGAUCACUUAAUGUCUGCAAUGAGUAUAAAACUCGGUCCAGCAUUAAAAAUCGUGGCUAAAAUUGACUCCAUGAGAAUUGACACCAAUAUUAGCCUGUCGCCAACGUCUAAUAGUUCCUGAAUGUUUACGAGAUAACUUGAAACAUCUCAUUUGACUAUGCAAAUGGAAAAAAAAAAUUUUUCAAUUCGAAAUAUUUAUCUACCUUUCGUUUUUUUGUGUCUCAGGGUGAUUCAUCGACAGAAAACGAACUGAGAGUGGUAAAACCAUUGCAUCUUUCUUCUUUUUUUUACGAGAGAAAAUUGAUCAAUCACAUCUGUAAAUAUUGCUAUUAGAAUAAAUAGAAAUUAGCAACGUACGAAAAAUCAUUCGUAAUUUGAUUAUGAAAAUAGACGUACUACUAUCCAUUGUCAUUCAAUACUUUCUCUUUGCAUUUUUCUAUGUUUAAAGAACAGGAACAUAAUCGAACAAACGGAAUAAUAAAAAACGGUGUACAUAUGUUCUCCUUAAUAUUAAGUGAUAGAACACCUUGUGCAAUUACAGAUAAAAUUUUUGAUAUUACCGCGAUAAUGAUACGAUAAUCGUUUAAUCAAGAGAUAGAUUAAGGGUAAUUAAUUAAUUGUAAAAAUACCAACUGCCAGGUCUAUUGAAUCGUUUAUUUCUCGUCUGAAGAAAUUGACUCGAAUCAUGCGACUCUUACUUAAAUUUCGUUUCUAUUAUUUAGUGUGAGGGGAAUGAGAAACUCUUUAUAUUUAUAGAUGAAGCUUUGUACAAACUCAAGAAUGAUUAUUCGGUUAAGAACAUAUACAGGUAAAUAACAAAUGUGUACAUUUUUUAAAACCUCCCUCAAUUCUCCACAACUUUGAAAUUCUGUUGUGUUCGACGAUUUUUAUCUCAUUCCUCCUCGAAAAUCAUUCCAUCCAAAAAAAUUGAACCAAUCACUCUUCUUCCUUCCAUUACAAGUAUUCGUUCAUCAUUGGUUUUAUUAAUUAACCGCAGGAGAAAUACAUACGAAUAAAUGUAUUGAAAAUUGUA